UUUAAGCUCCCCAGGUCCAUGCGUGUGCACCCCACGUUCCACGUAAGUCGUGUGAAGCCAGUCCUGGAAAGCCCGCUGGUGCCUGCGACCCCCGCUCCCCCUCCUCCGCGCAUGAUUGAUGGCGGCCCUGCUUACACCGUGAAGAGGCUUCUGGCUGUCAGGAGACGUGGCAGGGGUCGUCAGUUUCUCGUGGACUGGGAGGGGUAUGGCCCUGAAGAGAGGUCUUGGGUGUCAGCCAGUAACAUACUGGACCCUGAUCUCAUUCGUGACUUUUACCGGUUGCACCCGGAGGUUCCUGGGCCGUCCGGUGUCGGCCUUUGAGGGGGGGGUACUGUCACGUUCCGCUCCUGUG